AUGAGCGAAGACAACAGUUACAGCGAUUAUUCUGGGGGCAGCUAUGACGACGAAGGAAGCUACCGAAGCCAAGGCUCGGGAAGCUUUAGGGAGGGCGACAGAAAAAACUCCCACCACAGCCGCGGUAGCCAAUCCAACGAAAGUCGCAGUCAGAGGAGCUACGAGAGCGGCUCAUUCCGAAGUGGUCAAGGAAGCUAUGUUAGCGGUGAAGGAAGUCAGCGUAGCUACGAGAGUGGAUCGUAUCGGAGUGGGGAUGGAAGCUUCAAAAGUGGCCAAGAAGAGGGCAGCAAAGGGAGCUACGGAAGCGGAUCAUUUCACAGUGGCGACGGCAGCUACAGAAGUGGUGAAGGGAGCUACGUAAGCGGUGAAGGGAGCUACGUAAGCGGUGAAGGGAGCUACGUAAGCGGUGAAGGGAGCUACAGAAGUGGCGAUGGGAGCUACAGAAGUGGUGAAGGAAGCCAACGUAGCUAUGAGAGUGGAUCAUAUCGGAGUGGUGAUGGAAGCUUUGUCAGUGGCAGAGAUGAGGGCAGCCAGAGGAGUUUUGGAAGCGGGUCAAUCCACAGCGGAAAUGGGAGUUUAAGAGAUGAAGGCGGUCAAAAGGAUCAAAAAGAGGGGUCAAUUCACAGUGGACAGGGAAGUUUUGUCAGUGAGAGAAACGAGGGAAGUCAACUAGGUGAUGGAAGUGCAUCAUUUCGCAGCGGAGAUGGGAGUUUUGCUAGUGGCGGGAAUGGUGGCAGUCAAAGGGAUCACAAAAGUGGAUCAAUUCACAGUGGACAGGGUAGUUUUGUCAGUGAGAGAGAUGAAGGCAGUCAACGGAGCUAUGGAAGUGCAUCUUUCCAGAGUGGGGACGGGAGUUUUGCUAGUGGCGGGAAUGGUGGCAGUCAAAGGGACCACAAAAGUGGAUCAAUUCACAGCGGAAAGGGCAGUUUUGUCAGCGAGAGAGAUGAGGGAAGUCAACAGAGCUUUCAAAGUGGGUCAUUUCACAGAGGAGAUGAGAGUUUCGCUGGCAGUGGGAAUGGUGGCAGCCAACGGAGCUUUCCUGGGGAGGGUCCCGCUGACAAUGGUCCCGGGGGUUCUGCCAGGAGUCUCGACAGUGAGCCAAAAGAAGGCAGCCUGGAGUUGUCCGAAGCUUUUGUUCCAAGUGACGAAGAAUCGCUGGAAGAGGAGUCUCGGGCAGCUGACGAAAAUAGUUUGUCUCUGUCGCAGGCUUUCAGCCAACGUUCUGACAGCGAUUACUCUGGUUCCCAGGAUGGCGAAGACAGCCGCUCCUACACUGGCUCACACUCUUCCUACGGAGACUCGUACAGAUCAGGUGAGGAUGGCUCAUACAGAUCAGGCGAGGGUGGCUCAUACAGAUCAGGCGAGGGUGGCUCAUACAGAUCUGGUUCCUACGACGAUGGUUCUGCUUCCUACAGAUCUGGUGAUUAUAGGACAGGGUCGGAGGGAUCACAGUCGCCUCGAUCCCAGGGUUCUUCCUACAGGUCUGGUUCAGUUGGCUCACACUCCGAUCAUGGUGGGUCAAAAGGUGCACAAGAUCAAGAACAAUCCUUUGUAUUGUCGCAAGAGUCAGGGUCCCUUCAUGAUGGACAUGACACCCGAAACUCGAUAUCGAAGAGUUCGAAUUAUGACAGCUUUGCAAAUGAUAGCGGCCUACAAUUUUCACAACAACAGCUUCCAGCUUCCAUGCUUCCCCAGCAGGGCCUACACGACAACAGUCAAACAGACCAAAAAGAAAGGUCAAAUGAGUUUUCAGGGGGGGCAGAAAUUCAAAAACAGGGAUUUGAUGGAAAGAACAAAGCCCCUGGAGGAAGCCCGCAAUCUCAAGACGGCGAAAGUCAACAUAGCGACUAUUCGGGUGCUCUCAGCGACGACAUUGGAAACGAAGGCAGUUUUGGAAGUAGAGGUUCCGUUGACAGCGGCAGCGGAGACAGCGUCGAUUCUAGACGAGAUCAAGAGCAGUCAUUUGUAUUGUCACAAUCGAGGCCUUCCCUUCAUGCGUCCGAUUCCGGAGAAGACGGUCAGCCCCAUAGUGAACACGUCCAAUCCAGAGGAGGAGAAACGAGCGGCGAAAGCAGCGGCUUUACGUUUGCACAAGAUUCGAAUGUCUCGUCCUUUUAUAGCAGUGCUGGAGUCACUUUCGCGGACGAUACCACCAACAGCGACAACGUCGGAGAUGUACCGCUUGGAAGCCAAGCUCAAGACAGUUUUCUAGGCACGGCCACUGAGGAUUCGAGCAGUGAUGCAGAUGAGAACUUUGAUUCGUUUGCCGAGGCUUCGGGUGCUAGUGCUGCAUUUGGUGGUAGCAAGCUUGUUGAUGGGUCGCACGAGGGCAGCUUCGAGGAGAGUAUCGAUGAUGGGUCCUUUAGCUCCGCUGGGAGUCAGGCUGUGCGAGAAAAUGACAAUAGCUUUGUUAGUGCCGGGUCGGCAGCAAGUCUGAAUGAUCAUGUUUCAGAUGGAUCCAACGUGGAUGGAUCUAUUGGGGGCGAUGAAGUCGGAUCUGUUGAUGGGAGCUACUCGGAUCGUUCAGGCGGUUCUCAGUUGUCGGGGUCCAUGGGUGACGGAGGCGACAGAGACUCCAAAGGUAGCUAUAGUGAGGGAUCGGGCGGGAGUCAUUUGUCUGGGUCCCGUGAGGCUCUUGGCACUGAAGAUGGGCCUGGUCCAGAACCGGAAACUGCGAAAGAUCUGAGCGUCCACAGCAACAACGAAGACCCUGGAGGCAGAGAUGCUGGGACGCACCAAGAUGGUUCGAUUCGCAACGGUGACGAAAAUCCCAGUCCGCUCCCUGGAGAUGAAGCCAACGAGGGCGAUGCCAACAGUGAACCCGCCGGAAGUAUCGGUGAUGAGCUUGAAGCUGAAUUCGACAUGUCGGGAAUGGACAUGGAUUUGGAUGAUCACGACAGCGCAGAUGAUCUGGACGCCUCGGGGCUUGGAUCUUUCGAAUCGGAUUUCGGCGACCAUGCUGGGGCUGACGACGUAAGCUUGGAAAUCGACGAUGCUGACCUCUUCGAAACUGAUAUUGGGGACGACCUUCUGAUGGAGGAGGCCGAAGCGACACCCGAAGAACCCGCCAAAUCAAACCAAGAGGAGGCAGGUCUAGCCAAUUUGCCAGCUGGCAAAGAGAGCAGAGCCGUUGCGGGCAGUAGAAGAAAAAGCCGCGGCGAGGGCAAAUCUGAGAGCACGACCGAUUCAAAUAGUAGACAGGUACAUGCGGAGGUCGCGGCAUCCCCUGCAGCGAAAGCGGCAGACCCCAACAAUUCACAUGGUUCGUUGGGUUCAGGGGAAGAUUACAAUGCCGCCAUGAGUCUACCUCCGCAAAGCGAUGGCAGCGUUGGCAGCGUUGACAGCGAAGGUCAACCGCUUUCGCCUGUGUCGGGUGGAUCAAGGAGAUCCGAAGAGCCAAAAUCACCCUUCAGCAUGGCUAGUUCUGGCGAUUUGGGAAGGGGAGGUGCCAGUUUAAGCCCUGGCAGCCAAUCUUUGUCAGAAGGAAGUCAAGCUUUUUCAGAGGGCAGUCAGGCUUUGUCAGCGGGCAGUCAAUCUUUGUCGGAGGGAAGUCAAGCUUUGUCGGGGGGCAGCCAGGAUGAGCAUGACAUAGGCGACGGGUCAAUGAAUGAGGACGAUGAUGUCAGCGCUGGGUCGUCGGUUUACGGAGAGGACAGAAGUGCUGCUUCAGAUGAGGAAGAACCGAUUAACGACAGCCUUCCAACCCUUUUAUCUCACCGUACAGACGAUGUGCAAAGUACAGUUGAUGACAGUUUCCCCUCUCUGGUGACCGCUGGUGAGGAAAGCUUUCUUUCGAGGGGGGCUGAUAGUGCUCGUGAUAAGGAAAUAGAAGACAUUCACGAGCAGGAUGAUUCACAUUCCGAGGCAGAUGAACACGGCAGCCUAGAAGCGGAUGAUGAUGGCAGUCUGUCUGCUUCUGAAAUUUUUCAAGGCAGUGAUGAUGGAUCCUUAGAGGACACAGGAAGCAGAAGUGGGAGUGAACAGGAAGACAGCUUCUCAGCUUCGGAGCUUAUGGAAUCCAACAAUGAUGGAAGCUACAGUGAAGGGGGCAGCGAAGGUGGCAGCGUCUACAGCGACCAGGAAGGGUCUUAUGCGGAAGAAGGGUCGUAUGAUUCCUACGACGAGGACAAAGGAUCACAGCCCGACAUCGAUGAUGCCGGUGAUGGUGAUGACAUAGAUGCGGAGGGAGGGAGUGCUGGUGGGAGCUAUGCAAGUGGGGAGGAUGCUGGCUCGUUUGAUUCUCGCGCCGAAGGAUCGAUCGCGAGUGGGGAGGAUGCUGGAUCUUUGGCCGAGGGAUCAUUGGGAUCAUUUGUUAGUGGAGCGGAAGAUGAAGGUUCCUUCGUCAGUGGAGCUGGAGGCGAGGAGGGCUCGUUUGAUUCUCGCGCGGAAGGAUCGUACGCAAGCGGGGAGGAUGCUGGUUCUUUGGCCGAAAAUUCGUUGGUUAGUGGAGCGGAUGGCGACGAUGCCAGUUAUGUGAGCGGGCAAGAUGAAGGUGGAGCGGAAGGUGAUGAAGGCUCUUAUGUGAGCGGGCAAGAUGAAGGGUCCUUAGGUUCCUUUGUUAGUGGAGCGGAAGGUGAUGAAGGCUCUUAUGUGAGCGGGCAAGAUGAAGGCUCCUUAGGCUCCUUUGUUAGUGGAGCGGAAGGUGAUGAAGGCUCUUAUGUGAGUGGACAGGAUUCCUACAUUAGUGGAGAGGAAGACGGUUCAUACCGUUCCGGAGAGGAAGAUGCUUCGUACCGGUCAGGUGAGGAAGAUGCGUCGUACCGGUCGGGAGAGGACGAGGCUUCAUACCGGUCGGGGGAAGAAGACGCUUCGUACCGGAGCGGAGAGGAGGACGCCUCGUACCGGAGCGGUGAAGACGAGUCCUAUUAUAGUGGAGAAGAGGACUCGUAUGUCAGUGGUUCUUACCAUAGCGGAGCAUCAUUGUCUCAAAUCGAGGAAGAAGGGUCGUACAUAAGCGGAGAAGACUCUUACUCUUCCAGAACAGACAGAACAGGCGAUGAAGACAGAUCCUACACCAGCCAGGAGGACGGCAGUUACCGCAGUGGUAGUUACAAUUCCUAUGAUGACGAAGAAGAGUAUUCACCCGGAGGAAGCUUGCGCUCGGGAAGUUUAAAGAGUCCUGGUAGCCAAUAUGCGGAUGGUGCAGAACUUGAAUCAAUUGUGGAAGCAGACGAAGAAAGCUCUGCCGGCAGCAGGCUCCUUGAUGAUUUGGCCAGCAUAGACGAGGAAAACGAUGAAGGGUCGCUCAGCCCUGAUGAGGACCUCGACUAUUCCGGAAGACGAAACGAGUCAGUCAACGAUAGUGCCUUCUUCCCAGAUGCUAGCAUAGACGGAACACUGGCAUCAAGUGGCUACCUCCAGACCGACGGUGAUGGAGCAAGGUCGGCUCAGGAUCGCAACAACCAGCUCCUGGGAAUAGCAGAGGAGGAUUUGGGCGAGGAGGGGCAGGAAGACCCAGACAGAGUGGUCAAGAAAAAGAAGAAGAAAAAGAAGAAAAAGAAAAAGGCAAAGAAGAAUCGCCCUAAAGUCAAUGUGAGGAGUGAAGCACUCCUAGAUCUGGUGGAGAACCUGAAUGACGCGAUGCUUGAAUUAGAAGAGGAGGAGAACCGAAGUGACAUUGAUGAUGCCGACAUGGACUCGUCAGCUCGCAGGCUCCUUCUUGGUUUUGAAGCAUUGCUGGGAAUAUUACUUCAGUUGUCGGACGAAUUGGAACUGGUUUCGACGUUUGCCAGCAAGAAGGACAAUAUUGCAAUUGAUGCGCUUCAGGCAGUUCUCAGUUUCGCCCCUGAGCUCAAUCAUGUUUUCACACAGCUCAAACCAAUCCUACAAGACUAUCUGUAUGAAGAACCAGACGAGGAGAUGGAUGAUCUGCUCUAUCGAUUAAAUUCCCUCAUGGACCUUUUGGUUGAGUCAACACAUCGUGUGGGAGAAAGGCAUGAAUGGAACCCGAGAGCGGAGACUGCGUAUGUCACUCUGCUUGAAAUGCUCGAGCGAGAUGCUUUGGAAGUGUCAUGCUUAUACGAUGACGUCGAAGUACCUGAAUAUCCACUAUCAGAUCAUCUGAUGGAAGCCUGGACCGAAACAGGCCAUGAGGAGGAGUUCAAGACUUUGGAUGUUACGGAUGACAUUUGGAUGUUUCGCCAAGUGUGCUACGAGGUUUUAGUCAGCACUGACCAGUGGUGCCCCGACACAAGAGUGUUGAUGGAUAUCUGCGGAAUCGAUCCGGCUGACAUGGACGAGUCUAGAAUUCAACCAGGCGACGAUUACGAGAUGGCUCCAGUUCCAGAUGCCGCGAAACAGGUGCUCGAGAAAGUCCACGGUGAUCCUUUGCCUCGAAAAGCUGCCAUGGCCAGCAUUCUGCGCAGGAUCCUACCACCCAGGGCCAUCACAGAUACAUCCCUGCUGGACAGCUUUGCAAGCAUUCGAAACACAAUACGAAACCCUCGGGGAUUAUCAGCUACAAACCUUGUGGCUGUUUCAUCCGUUCCAGAGUUGUUCAGUGACCCAGAGUCCCUUGGUGUGGAUGGUGUUGGAAAAACAACGCUUGCAGCCAUGGUUGCCCACCAUGCAGAUGUCAGGCGUUUCUUUUUGGAUGGGGUCAUUUGGAUUUACAUUGGUCAAAUGGAACUCAACUAUACUCGAUACACCCAAUGUUUGAGAGAGCUGCUGGCUCAACUGUAUCUCGAGGACGAUGAGCAAGUUCCCAUGUUCCCCGACUUGAUACACACACCGGGCGAGACAAGGGCAAAGCGGCGGCGUCGGGAGGAGGGCUUCAUGUUACAUGUUCGCGAGACAAUCGCAGACUUCUUGCAAUAUAGGGACGUGUUGAUCAUUUUGGAUGACAUUUGCUACGAAGCUGAUCUUGAUUGGUUUGAUUUUGCACCAAUUCAGUCAGAGAAUCCGGGUGAAGAAUUUACCUUUGCUCUAUUGGUAACCACAAGGUGCCGGUAUUUGCUCCCUGCUGCUGACACAGUUGAGAUCGAUAUGCUUGACGAGGCAGAUGCAAUUCAACUGCUGAUUCAGGAAUCAGGAGAGAAUCUUUCACAGACUCUCAUGGCAGAGUCACCAGAAGCACGUUCAGUCGUUCGAGAGUGUGCAAAUCACCCACUUGCUGUCAAAUCGGUCGGGCGCUGGCUCAACCUUAAACAUGCAACUGCUGGUGUUGUUAGCAGCGUUGAGGAGAUCCAUGAUGAUGUUGUGAAAUCCAUGGAUAAGAUUCUGAAAAAUGGAGAUCAACAGGAUGCCGAUAUGAUGUACGAGAUUUUGAAUAUGAGUCUUUCCCCAGCCAUCAAUGGGGAGCCAACAAACAUCAUCAAGUUCUGCUUCUCCGCGUUUGUUGUUGUCUUCUGCGACCGGAAUCACAUUUCAGAGUUUGCUUUAAUCGAAGAUUUCCCCAUGGUGCCCAUGCCAAUGGCGGAAUUGUUCUUCGAAUCACUUCUAGAACUAGAGGAGAACACUCUGCUGAAAGAAGGAAGCCUUUUCUACGAACAAAAGAAAGAAGCUGCAGUACUCAUCCCCGAGGCAUUGUCUGCACUUGGUGUAUUGAAAGUCAUUGCUACAUAUUCAGAGCCUCCAGAGGAAGAAGGUGGAGAAAACCCACCAGAGAACCAGGGAGAGGAGAAAUACCUGCAAGUCAUGCACUCAAUCCAGCAAGAAUACGGAGAAUCGUUGUGCCGUGACGAUGACUCACUCCGAGAACUCACCAAGGAUGCUGAACGGCGGUGGAACAAUGCAUUUGCGCACGCGUUCCUUGCAGGGGAUAGAGACUGGGAUUCAGAGUUUCCGGAUGCUGCCCUUGACUAUGCUCUUGAAAUGCUUCCCUCUCAUAUGAUUCGUGGUGGAAUGGAUGUCUCUGCGGCGGAUUUGCUAUCGAAUAAUGGGUUUGUUCGUGGGCGGUUGUUCCUUUUGGGUCGAGAAAAUGCCACUCGGCGUCACAUCAAGGACUGUGAACAUCUGUUCAACAUAAUGCCAGAGGUGAGGUCUCGAAGCAAGAAGAAGCGAGACAGGAAAGCCGUCAUGCGAGAUUGUUAUGAAACGCUUGGCAAGCAGCUUGAAAUGGAUGAAGAUUCAGGUGGCCCAGAGGACAACCGUGUGAAAGGAGUUGAAGUUGGACGUGCUCAUUAUGAUAUUGGCUUUUCUCUGGCGGACAAAAAGUGUUGGGAUGCUGCAAUAGCUCACUGGGAGAAGAGCCAAGAGCUGCUAGUCUCUUCUAUAGGUAUGGUUGAGAUUGUUGCGGCGAUUCUCUUUAAUGUUGGUGUUGUCUAUGCGGAAAUGAGUGACUAUGAAAGAUCACUGAGCUCAUUGAAGCAGUGUCUUAGAAUCCGUGGUGCCCUGCAUGGUGAAGACCAUCUGCUGUAUGCUCAAACCAUCCAGAAGAUUGGCGAUGUCUUCUUGAAUAUGAGCGACUACCACGAAGCAAUGGAGAGCUACAACUGGGCUCUUGACGUGAUGCACAUUGAGCCGAGUCUCCACAGGGUUGACAUUGGUGACAUACAGGAAAAUCUGGGCAACAUUCAUUACAGUAAGGGAGAAAUUGAAGAAGCCCUGCUCUGUUUUCAAGAAGCCCUCAAGUCGAAGCAAGCUGACCUUGGCGAAGAGCAUCCGGAGCUCGCAUCACUCUACCAUCAUUUGGGCAAUUGCUUGGCUGAUCAAGACAGCAGGUUUGAGGCCAUUGAUCACUUUGAACAGGCCAUCCAGCUGAAGGAGAUUGACCCUGAUGGUGGACCUGAACGGGACGCUGACGUACUGACGAUUGAGGGAGUUCUUUCGAGUAUUAGUGGUCGUCAGGAAGAAGGUCUUGAGUGCUAUGAGAAAGCGCUAAACAUCCUCGUGACCAAGUGCCCCCAGCAGAAGGAGAAAGUGGCCUCUCUCUUGCAUUUGAUAGGUUGCAUGUAUUUGAUGUUUGGCCAGCACAAGAAGGCAAUGAAGCUGUUCGAAGAAAGUCUCUGUGCUCGUCGGAAGGUAUUGGGGUAUGUUCACUUGGAUGUCGCUAGCACACUGUACAACAUGGCAUUUCUACACCAAAACCGGGGUCGCUUGGACAAGGCGCUGAAGUGUUUGGAGGAGGCACUCAAAAUCAGGAAGCUCAGACUGCCUGAAAGUGAGAAAGUGGCUAUUACCUACGAGAAGAUAGGAAAGUUCGCACGAGAAAUGGGGAAGACAACAAAGGCCCAGAAUGCACUGGAAGAGGCGUUGCAAAUCAGGAAGAAAGUGCACGGAGGCACCCAUGAGGCAGUAGCAACAGUAUUGCAGGAGCUAGGUGAUCUCAUGGAUGACAAUGCCAAUUACAAGGACGCCAUGGACAAGUACUUUGAGGCUUUGGACAUUCGUCAGAAUCUGUUUGGAAAUGAUCAUGUUGCUGUAGCAGAAACUUUCUACAGCAUGGGUUAUACUCUUCAGAACCAGGACUCCCUUGAUCAGGCACUGGAUUGCUUUGAAGAGUCCUUGAACAUUCGCAAGGUACAGCUAGGUCUAGAUGCCAAGGAGGUCGGUGACACCUUGAACAUGAUGGGAUUUUUGCAAGCAAAGAGAGGGGAGCUGGAUGAUGCUCUCUCCCUCCUCUGGGAUGCACUGCGCAUCAGGAAGCUGCAAGAGGACCAUGUCAAGGUUUCUGAGACACUCAAGAACAUUGGAAAUGUUCACAGGGAGAAACAAGAGCAUGAGCUUGCCAUUGAGUGCUAUGAAGAAUGUCUAAGAAUCCGGCGAUCUGAACUUGGGGAUGUGCAUGAGAAGGUUGCCGAUGCCCUGAUUGCAAUGGGAAAUGUCCAAAGCGACAUGGAACUGGCAGAAGAGGCAAUGCGAUCCUACAGAGAAGCUCUUACUAUCAGGACGUAUUUCUUUGGAGAACAUGACGACAGUGUUGGUGCAGUGUUGCAAAAGAUGGGUUCACUCGAAUUUCAGAAUGGAGAGUAUGAGAAGGCUUUGAGCAUGCUGACGGAGUUCAUCCGCAUUCGACAAGAGAAUGAUUCCGAGAACGACGGUGACUAUGUAAAUGUUUUGUUCAUGAUUGGAAACAUCCACAAAAUGCAAGGCAACGAAGAAGAAGCAAAGAAGUGGUGGACAGACGCAUAUGAUGUCUUCCAGGAGUUGGGACUCUCAGAAGGAAACCCGCAAGUCGCUCAGGUCAUGGACAACCUGCUCCGUCAAGAGAACAUUGGCCAGAGGGAAGAAUAUGAACAGCGCAGUCAAGGUUUCUUCGGAGGCCUGGCGGAAAUGAUCAAGGACACGAUCCAAGAUGACAAGUUAGGCCUGGGAAGACUUCGUCCAGGCAGUGCAGGGCAGAGGCUUGGAUAG